AUUGGUGUAUUCUUUUAGCUCAUCCAAUCAGAAUUUCAGAUCUAGAAGAAUACAUCAAUGGCAGCGAGCGGUCACUCAACUGCUGAGUUUGCUGAAUGCGCCCUAUGAUUGGUCAAUUUCUUAUGACUUACGACAUUUACGACUUGCUCCGCUUAUUAUCUCCAUUGUAAACGGCCCUCUAUAAAAGAACCCAUGUUCUGUGUAUUGCCAUGAGUAGAACUUGACACUUGACACAUCGCACGCCGCAGAAUAAUACACAGAAAUUAGGCGUGUCUGUAGUGGUCUCGUUUUUAAUUUUCAUUGCAAAGCCACAUCUUCCACUUAAUAUGAAUGAAUUUCAAUGACGACACCUCGCUCACCAGACGUCCAGACACCAUGUGUGCGAGAUAGUGAUCAUCUGUAGGAAUUGUCAAGGAGGAAGACGAGAGAUCUGUCAAGACAGAUCGUACAAUAAUCGUCGUUUAACGUUAAUUAGUCAGAAUACCUCGAGCGUGUACCAAGCACCUCGGGUAUAAUCUACUAAUUGGACAAAUUAUCUCUUUCGACUGUGCGAAAUGUCGUUCAAAAAGGAUCUAAAGUUGCUCGUGAAGCCAUACUAUUUGAUAAAUAUCCUCCUCAGUGUUUCCUACAUCAUCGCCAAACGCCUUCCUGUAGCUUGUAAUUAUAUAUUUGCUCAAGACGGCUGCGAAUUCGAUGGGAGGGAGACACAGAUUCUCUUUUUCCUCAUAACAGUUGUUAUGAUAAGGACAAGAAAGACUGGCAGCGUAACGAUGAUAAAUUAUUUGACAUCUAGUUUCAUGUAUACGAAAGGAGCAAACUUAAUCCUGUGGUUCUACGCGGAUGUACGGAUGGGCAUUUUAUAUGCAUUUAUUUUUAUACUAUUCGCAUUAGUGUUGCCAGAACCGAUGUAUCAAGGGCCUGAAAACGUCAUUUAUUUACGUGGAGCCAACGGAUUGCAGGAGGAAUUACAACGUGACACCAGAGUGGUCUGGGUAGUAGCAUUUUACACUGCGUGGAACCCAGCUUGUGUAACCUUUGCACCGAUAUUUUCUGAGCUCUCUGCAGAAUACGCAUUGGAGAACUUCAAAUUCGGUAAAGUGGAUGUUGGAAGACAUCCAGAUGCCGCGGCAAAGUAUCAUGUCAGCGACGCCAGCACAAGCAAGCAACUACCGACGCUAAUACUCUUUAAAGAUGGCAAGGAAGUAGAGCGACGUCCAUACGCGGAUCAUAAAGGGAAACUUGUCAAGUUUCUUUUCUCUCUGGACAAUGUAAAGGCUGCGUUCGAUCUCAAUAAUAUUUAUAGUGACUGCAAAAAGAAUCCUAUCAAAAGAAAAGAAAAGAAAUCCUUGAAGGCGGAAUAAUGAAGUGAAACUUAGGCAUUUAAUAAGAAACUACAGUUUGUAAUUGAGCGAGUUUUAAUUAGAUGAACUUCUACUGUGUAGAAAACACAACAAGCGCGUUAUCUUUAUCGAAUUCAGAUUCUAAUUAAUCCUCCGUCGGAAAAUCAUAUUUUUACUGCCUUCGUCUGUAAUCUGGUUCUUUUUUAUUCAAUCCAAUUUUUUUUACUGUUCUAGGCUUUUAAACAAGUGUGGAAAAAUUCAGAACUAUUUUUUAAUAUCUCUAUUACCAAAGUUACAUUACCAUAUAGCCUUUUAAGGUAGUACACUAUCAGUCAAUACCAAAGCGAUAAUAUCAGCCAAAAGUUUGGUCUCAUCGCGCGUUCACUGAAAAUACCUCCAUUCCUGCCAGUGAGAGAGAAUUUUUUACUGUGAUGUCCAAGGCUGCAAUACACCCGGAAAGAAAAUGAAUACAGAUAGACGCAGAUGUUGCCAGAUGCCGAUUGGCUGUUCACUCCCUCCAGUCGCCUCCCA